AUGAAGUCCACUCCCGUCAUCAUUGCUUUAUGUAUUGCUAGUGCCAUUGCUGUUCCACACGUAAAGCGAGCAGCUGUCAACUCUGGCACUCUUGACCUCAUUGGCGAGCUUGAAGGCUUCAGGAAGAACUUCUAUACCGACAGCGUCGGGCACACUGCCAUUGGAAAACGGAGACUGCAGCAGCAUCCAUGCCCCAUCACCGAGGCCGAGGGCAAGAAACUCCUGGCUCAUGACCUCCAGACGUUUGAGAAGUGUGUUUGCAAGCUGCCCAAUGCCAAGGAUUUGAAUGCCAAUGAAUAUGGAGCCUUAGUGAGCUUUACGUAUAACUCAGGAUGUGGUGGAGCCGAUAAGUAUUGGAGCACUGCCAUGUCGGAGAAGAACUUCGAGGGCAUCUGCCAGGCUUUGCCGACUACAAAUACUCUGGGUGGCCAGCUCAACAGCCGUCGGGCCAAGGAGGGUGCGUUCUGUGCUUUGCCUUCGAACACUACCUCUGGAUGUUAG